UUUAUUGAAGUUUGUUACAGCAUUAAUAUUUUCUAUCUCAGUCAUCUUUCUUUCAUUUUAAUUAGCUAAUUAACCAAUUUUCAAUUUGUCUGUUUUUCCAUGGAUCCUUCUCUGUGGGCUUUCCUUCUCAGCAGCCCUGAACUUCCCGUCCCUUUUCCUUGGGAACGUUGCUAUGAUACCUCGACUGAAAUUCUGUUCUACAAGAACAUAAUGGAUGGGACAAUACUGAUCGAUCUGAGGCCGAGAGUGAACCUUGGAGGUGGACUUUUUUUCGAUAACUCGCUCUGGCAAGAACUAACUGGUCACUUCCCCAUUAAUUAUCAUCCUAAUCGCUACCCUGGCUACAAUCAACUUGAAGAUCAAAAUCCUCCAAUCAUUCUCUACUCAAAUUGCUGUGGACAACUUGUUUAUCUGAUUGUGCCUGAAUUUGUCCAGAAUUGUCCACUCUGUGGCUGCUUCAUGUUCUUCCUGGGCUAGAUAGGUUGCUAGCUACCCAAAUAAACAUCAUUUCCUUUUGUUGUUGUGUGUUUGUUUUUGGGUUGGAAUUAAGGGAAUUGGAGGAUAUCCCUAGAGAUUCUCCUUGGGUCAGUUUAUAAUUCUGAAGAGUUCAGAGAGAAAGAAGCAUGUAAUAAUUAU